UAUUAAUUUUCUGCUACAUUAAGAGAGUAGCUUUGCAGGGCUUGUAUGAUGAGAAAAAAGCAUGGCAGACAAUAAAGACAAUUGUCAAUUUGCCAGUCAUCAGUCCCUUCAAAAAACGGUAUUCUUGGGUGCAGUUGGCCGGUCACACUGGAAGUUUCAAAGCAGCCGAUGGUGGGACGAUUCUGAAACGCCACUGUGAGAAUGAGGAGAAGUGCUUUAAACUGCUGAUGAAAGAUUCACUACGUUCCUGUGUCCCUGUCUUCCAUGGUGUGGUGGAGAGAGAUGGCGAGUCCUAUUUACAGUUGGAUGAUCUUCUAGCUAAUUUUGAAGGGCCUUGUGUGAUGGAUUGUAAAAUGGGAGUCAGGACAUACUUGGAGGAAGAAUUGACUAAAGCACGAGAAAAACCGAAGCUUCGUAAAGAUAUGUAUAAGAAGAUGAUAGACGUGGACUCUUUGGCACCCACUGCUGAAGAGAACACUCAGCAUGCAGUGACCAAACCUCGGUACAUGCAAUGGAGGGAGACCAUCAGCUCCAGUGCUAGCCAGGGUUUCAGGAUCGAAGGGAUAAAGAAGGCUGAUGGGACUUGUAAUACCAGCUUCAAGACAACAAAGACACGAGAACAAGUUUUCCAGGUUUUUGUGGAAUUCAUUAAGGGAAACACAACUAUAUUGAAAAAAUAUUUAAAGCGUCUGUGUGAAAUUCGUGGCAUCCUUGAGUCUUCUGUCUUCUUUAAACAACAUGAGGUAAUUGGAAGUUCACUGUUAUUUGUGCACGAUGAAAGUGAACAUGCCAAUGUGUGGCUCAUUGAUUUUGGAAAGACUACCUUUCUUCCAGAUGGGCAAAUCUUGGACCACAGGAUUGCUUGGCAAGAAGGGAACCGGGAAGAUGGAUAUUUAUUUGGACUGGACAAUUUAAUUGAUAUCUUAGAAAGUAUGUUGGAGAGAUGAGAAAUACUAACUUGAAGUUGCUAACUUUUCUAGAAUUGCUCCCUCCGAAGCCUUUUAAAAUUCUUCCAGGACUCUGGGGGGGGUCCAGAACAUGGAAUAUUCCAGCAAAAAAGAUGUAAUUCCUAACAAGCCAUGAAACCUAAACAGUUCAGAAGCUAAUUUUGAAUGCACCAAGCAAACAUAAGAUUUAUGCAAGAAAUAGGAUGAUUGUGAACAUUGGGAUGAUGAUCAGAACAUUUGCUUACAUGUGAACCAACUAAUUCAGUAUUGCUGUUUAUUGACCUUGGGCUUAGAGUAAAAAAAAAAAAUAUAUCAGAGCUCUCCUUUUCAAAGAAGAAAUCUUCAAAACUAACAAGCAGGGUUCCCUCCUUUCUCCAGCGUUUACACUGUAAAUAUUUCCGUGUUCACAAAUGUGCAACACAUCUUGGAACUUGGUGCAGAAUAUAUAGAUUCAUAGUUUUCCCUUUUUUUAAAAAAAACAAAUACUUUAGUUUCUAUUCUUGUACAGAAAAAAAUGAAAAUAUGCACAGAAUGCUGCUGAAGCUUCAGAAACCAAAUGGCCUCUCAUAGACAAUGCAAGAGUUUAUUCUUGAUCCUACCCACACUCUGUCUUAAUUUUCUCUU